UUUUCUCUGUUGAGGAAACAUAAUGAGCGGGAGCAACAAAAGGAGGAGUUUACUAAGAUACUGCGACCAGCAGUGGAUGCAAACGAUACGAUCCACAUCGAAUUCAAAUUGAAAUUGAACCAAAUCGUUGACGUCCAUGCCAAACAUCAGACACUUACUGCAAAUGGAUGGCUUAUUCAUCAUUGGUAUGACCAUCGUCUGUCGUGGAAACCCGAGGAAUAUGGAGGAAUCAGGAAUUUCUAUGUACCUGGGGAGAUGAUCUGGCUACCCGAUAUCAUUCUCUAUAAUAACGCACAUGGCAGCCCAUGGGUUUCGGCUAUCACUAAGGCUCAUGUAUAUUACGAUGGAAGAGUGACAUGGGAGCCACCAGUUGUCUAUCACUCAUUCUGUACGAUGAAUGUCGAGUGGUAUCCUUAUGAUAUACAACAAUGUGAGCUGAAAUUUGGCAGUUGGACCUACAGUGGUACGCAAUUGGAUUUGAUGCAUGUGAGUGAAAGCCCAACCUUUCGGACCGAUGAUGAAUGGGACGUGGAACGAGGAGUGGAUGUUUCAACUUAUCAGGAAUCAGUAGAAUGGGAUCUGCUAUCUAUUCUUGGAACUCGUCACGAGAAAUGGUAUCCCUGUUGUGAUUAUCCAUCGGUCGAUAUCACCUAUUACUUGCAAAUCCGUCGUAAAAAGCUUUUCUAUACGGUGAACCUGAUCGUCCCAUGCGCUUCAUUGGCAGCUUUGACAUCAUGGGUGUUCUACCUACCCUGUGAGAGUCAUGAGAAGGUUCAGCUUUGCAUCUCCGUCCUGGUCUCGCUUACAGUAUUCAUUUUGCUUUUGGUCGAAAUCAUACCACCGACAAGCAUUGUUAUGCCUCUGAUAGUGAAAUAUCUCAGUUUUACGAUGGUUAUGGUCUCAUUGUCCGUCGGAUUCACAGUGUUUGUCCAAAAUAUCCAUUUCCGAACGGCCAAUUUUCCAAUUUCGGAUCGAAUUCGACAGAUUUUUAUUGACACGCUUGGACGGAAACUGCUCAUUUCUAGAGCUACAGAGGCAGCCAAUUUUCAUCGAAAAGCCCAACACAACAAGCAAAUCAAUGCCUUAUCCGCAAUGUCAAUACUACAA